AUGUGGUUCAAGACGGCGAUCGUGCUUCUUGCCUCAUGCGCCAUUCCAUCGUCGGCCGUCUUCGUUGAUGAGGUCGACCAUCUCGAUUUCCAUCAUGCCCUCCUCGGAACCCCGUCCCCACAAUCGACUUUCUUCCACCAGCCCUCAUCGUCAUCAAACGCAUCGCUAUUAUAUACCCUAUCCGAGAAAUCGAUUAUAGGAGCAGUGAACCCAAGAGAUGGAGCAAUUGUGUGGAGACAGGACUUGACACAGCUGGGCUCGGCACAGGUUGAGGGCUUCCUCCGUGCUAGCGAUGGGGAAGCUACAGUUGUCAGUGCAAUUGGCGAGAAGGUUGCCGCUUGGGGUGCAUCGGAUGGAAAGUUACACUGGGAGAGGAAGGUCUCUGGUACAAUUGUGAAGGACUUGGAGUUGCUCGAGCUUGAAGACGGACGCACGAACAAUCAUGCGCGGGACGUAAUUGUUCUUUCUGAGGGUAAAGGGGGCAUUGUUCAGAGACUCGACGCAACAACCGGAACAGUCAAAUGGGAAUUCAAGGAUGAAAGCGGCGAUGUGCCAUUCCAGGUAUCUUCCUCAGCGACAGAAGUGUUCUACAUCUCUCUACAGUCUGCUCUUCUUAAAGGCUACAAAAUCAAAAUCACCACAUUGGACACGCAGACCGGAAAACAGAAAAGCCACCAUACACUUGCUUCCGAAAACGAUGUGUCUGGACCCGAAUCCAUUCUCCUUGUCGGCUCGAACACCGCUUCACCUUUCAUUGCAUGGACCGACAAGUCAAGCAAGACACUGAAGGUUAAUAUCAUCGGCUCAAAGAAUUUUGUCAGCCUUGACAUCGAAAACACGAGCAACGAAGAAAUCCGCGAUAUUAAAAUCUAUGGCCCGACCGGUCUGAACUGUCUCCCACAUUUCUUGGUUGGCUACAAAACGGACUCGUCGUCGUGGGCUGAGGUCUACCAUAUCGACCUGCAGACUUCUUCAAUUUCGCAAGCCUAUAGACUACCUCGUGUCUCCGGAAAUUCUGUUUUCGCAGUCAGCCAUAGAGCCGCAAAUGUAUUUUUUACUCGAAUCACCGAAACAGAGGUUGCUGUCUUCUCAUCAACCUCUCAUGGAAUCCUUGGCAGGUGGCCAUUCACAAAAAGCGGAGACGGAAGUCUAAGCAGCGCUGUUGCAGAGGUUAUCAGCAAAGGUGACUCGGCGGCUGUGCGCUUCGCCUACGUCCUAGAUUCAGGAGAUUGGCAAUUGAACCGAAACGGCGGCAAUGAAUGGACACGACACGAAUCGCUUUCGGGUGCUGUUGCUGCUGCAUGGGCUGAGCCCAACAUUAGUGAGGACCUUGUUCACGAAUUGGAGUUGGAAGGUCACGAAGAUGUUUUGAGUGCCUAUAUUCACCGUGUGAAGCGUCACAUUAAAGAUCUCGAACACCUGCCUACAUAUCUUCAAGAGCUGCCACAGCGUAUCUUCUCCAGCUUCUUGUCUGCAGAAGUCACUAACUUGGAUAGUUUUGGAUUGAGGAAAUUAGCUAUUGUGGCUACCGAAAAGGGAAGAGUCAUUGCUGUCGAUACCGGGAACCACGGUACCGUGGUCUGGAAUGUGAAAGUUGUCGACACUCCUAACUGGAAGGUCAAAGCUGUCAAGUCUGACCUGAGUACCGUUACCAUAUAUGUCGAGGACGGCAGCACUGUCUCCCUCAAUGUAUCAUCUGGCAGUGUCGUCUCCCAGACACCCUCUGGUCCACUUGUUCGUUCUGUCGCCGUCGUUCCAACCGAGACAGGUAUAAACACCUUAGCCGUUACAAUUGCAGAGGACGGGACACCUCUCAAAUCCUUUCAAGGGGCAGGAUAUUUAGUGACAUUGAGCGAAGAUGGUCGUGUCCUUGGUUGGGAUCUAUCUGACAAUAAAGUUCCUGUUUGGCAGUUCUUACCACCUCCAGGAGAGCGAGUUGUCACGGCAACAUCCCGACCAGCUCACGACCCUGUCGCGUCUAUCGGUAAAGUACUUGGAGACCGCUCAGUCCUGUACAAAUACCUCAACCCAAAUCUUGCUCUUAUCACGUCCAUUGGGCCGACCACAGCGACCUUCUACCUGCUAGAUUCAGUUUCAGGUCAAGUCCUUCAUUCAAGCACGCAUACAGGCGUAGACGUCACUCAACCCAUCACAUCAAUCAUCUCAGAGAAUUGGUACGCCUACUCACUCUGGGCUGAUCUGACCGAUGACUCCGAGUCUAAGGGCUAUCAGCUGGUCGUCUCCGAGCUCUACGAAUCUCCUCUCGCCAAUGAUCGCGGUCCACUAGGUGCAGCAGGGAAUUACUCCAGCCUCGAUGGAACCGAGACGUACCCAAGACCGCACGUUGUCUCUCAAGCAUUCCUCAUCCCCGAACCAAUUUCCCACUUCGCCGUGACCCAAACCCGCCAGGGAAUCACAAUCCGUCAACUCCUUUGCACCCUCCCCGAAUCCAAUGCCAUUAUCGGGAUUCCACGCCACGUCCUUGACCCCCGUCGCCCUGUCGGUCGUGACCCAACMCCCGCCGAGGUCGAAGAAGGUCUCUUCAAAUACAGCCCCAAUCUGGAAUUUGACGGUCGGUGGUACCUAACCCAUUCGCGCGACGUAGCCGGUAUCCGCUCCGUCAUCGUUUCGCCCACUCUGCUCGAAAGUACAGGCUUGGUGUUCGCCUUUGGAGGCGAUGUAUUCGGUACUCGUGUUGCGCCCAGUCAAGCUUUUGAUAUCUUGGGUAGAAAUUUUGCGAAGUUACAGCUUCUAGGGACGGUGGUCGCUCUGGCUGUUGGUGUGUGGUUUUUGGCUCCGAUGGUACGGAGAAAGCAGAUCAACCUACUCUGGAAAAGGUAA